UAAUAAUUGAAUAGCCUACAAGACAAUGAAUAUAUACAUCUAUGUUUGUAUUUAUAGAACAAUUGGAAAUCGUAAAAAUAUAGGUGGCAGUAUUGCUAAUUGCGUUAUAUUGUAUAGGAAGAAAACAUUUCUUUCAUUAUGAGUUUUAUUUACACCUGUAGUGCUUGAGCUGAGACAGAGGAAGGGAGAAGCUUAGCUUUAAGAAAAUUACUUUCUUAUCAUUAUUUUUUUCAAGCUGUAAGAUUUGAACUUUGACUGUAUUUUUAUUUCUCCUUAUUUAUUUCCUUAAAAGAUAAAAUUUAGCAUUGUUGUAUACAUUUAUACUCUUCUAAUAUUUCAUUUUGUCUUUAGACGGGAAAGCAUUCGAUGCCUAGAAAUUCUACACCGGAUUCAACCCAACAUCAGCAAUGUUCAUCUUCAGAAUUGUUUGAUCAUAAAGACACUGCAAAUUUAUAUUCUAAAGGAAAGGGAAACAAUAAAUUAGAAAUGAAAGAAUCAAAUACUAAAGAAAAGAAUUUAAACAAUCUGGAAAAUGAACACGAAACAGCAAUCAAUUUAUCUGGAACAGCGCGAAUCGAAAGUGAAGUUCAUUCCACAGACGACGAAAAUCAAUUAAAAACUAACAUUUUAGGAAAAAGAAAAAGUCCCUUUUCUCUGAAUGCAGGUGAGCCCGGUUACCAAAAAGUGGAAAGAAUACAUUCGCCACAAACUACUGGAGAUAAUUACGGACCGAAAAUUGAUAAUGUAGAAAACCAAAGUGCCUCUGUGGAUAUGAGUAAUGAUGUUAUUUGUUUGAGUGAUCGUGAUAAAGGAGGUGCCGCUAACUUGGAUCGACUUGAUAAAGCACGAGGAUCUAAAGAAUUUCAACAUUUCAAUUCUAAAUAUAUGAGUUUAAGACAAAGGGAAGAGGGAUUAAUCUUUGAAAUUACUGAAAGAAAGGAGUUUGUUAAAAAAAAGAGAAUGGAAUUGAUUGCGGCAGAGGAGAAAUUAAAAGAUUCUUUGGCUGUACUUAACAAGGUUGAAGCAUCGAGAAGGCAUAUGGAAAUUGAACACGAGGAAAGAAUGGCAAGGCUAAAAAGUUCUGCUGCCGAAGAUAUUGCUAAGAAAAAUAAUGCAACCCCGACCCACACACAAUCUUCUUCAAACAAUUUUACAUCUUCUCCUGCUCUUCAGAGGCUUCAAUCAGGGGUUCCUAUUUCGUCUUCGAUUCCAACAACUGCUCAGCAACAACUAGCAGAAGCCAUGACAGGCUUAGCAAAUAUUCAGCAAAAGUUACCUAAUCAAGAGAUUGUAACAAAGGAGCGGCAAGUUCAGGAAGCUGUUAAAGCCGCAGAAGGAAGACGAAUGCAAAAUUUUGGAGUUCCAGUUAUGCAACCAAUGAUGCCCGACCAUUUUAUGCCCAACUUAAAUUCAUUGGGCGCUAUGAGACAACAACAGUGGAUGCCACCAGCGUUAGCUGCUCAACAAGUUCCAAGAAAAAUGUUGAAAAAUAGUAUCAAAAUCCCACCUUUUCACCUAACUAAUCAAGUACCUGUUUCAAUACCACAAGCUUCCAUUCCCCCAAAUUUUCGCCCUGGUCAACCUAACAUCAAUCAGAUUUCUGCAGUUAACCCACAAACAAAUCACUCAUCUCUUCCACCCAAUCCCCAAAUGAAAUCGCCUAAAUCCCGUUCCGUCAAAGAAGGCGAAGAAGAAAAGAAGAAACCUGCUUGCGACAGAUGCUACAAAGAAGCCAACUAUUUGUGUUCUAAUUGUAAAAAGAUUUGGUACUGCAGUUCAACGUGUCAAUACUCAUCUUGGGAAGCCCACAGUCGGUUUUGUUUGAAAGCCAAUUGAAAAGAAAAGAGGGAGAAAAUCUACAAGAUCAGAUAUAGUAGCUCCAUUGUUUGUUCUUUAAAGAAUAAGAAUUCGUGUUUAUAUUCAAUUGUUAACUAUUUUUUUAUGUGUAUUAUAUAAUUUGAACAAAUAAGUCUUACUAAAAUAUAAAAGGAAAUGUUAAUCAAACAAUUGAAGACUGUUUAUGCUGCAAAGAGAUUUUAUACAUGUAUAACCUAUAUGGAGAAAAUUAUUGAACAGCCUAGAAAGAUUAAGAAAGCUCAACUAUUGCCCAAUGAUACAAUGAUGGUGACUUGGUGGGAUGGUCUACGACGAAUUUAUAAUUUAAAUGAACUAGAAAGUAAUUAUUCACCUUGGAAUCGUAUGACUUUUCAAACCAAUAAUGUACCGUACGUCGACUACGAGAAACUUGAUCAACUCGAAUCGAAUAUUGAGGAGUAUGGGUUUUGUGCAUUAAAAAACGUUCCCGAGGAAAAAGAAGGUCUAUCCUAUCUUCUUGGGAAAGUUCAGAGUUUCGCUGCGAAUACGCUUCAAGCGCACAUUUCAGAAAAUUACAAAGAAACAUUUAAGCUUGUUGAUGGACUAUGGGUAACUGAUAUUUUAAAGUCACGUUAUCCAGAUUCAUUCCAUAUUUUAUCCACGGUUGGAAAGAAUAUCAGAAAUUUACCGAUCAUUCAAAAAUCCUCUAAUGGGUACAAUAUUUACUACGAUAGACAUGCGAUCCCAACUAUGUUAUCUACAAUCGAUGAAAAUAUGGUUGAGGCAGUCUCAGAUGCUCUAAAGAAUUGGCAAUGCAUUCUAGAAGAUAGACGAAACUGUUUACAUUUCAGCCUACCGAUGGGACAAAUUUUAUUUGUAAAAACAAAUAGGAUUCUCUUUGUUUAACGAAGUGGACAAUGACGAAUAGCAGAAUCGAGAGGUGAUACUUUAUCAUAAUUAGGCAACCUUACACAUCAAAAGUGAAUCACUUGAAAGAAAAUAUCUCUAGCAGUAUAAAUAAUUUUUUUAAAAGUUAAUCUUGCGUUGAUUGUAACUUUACCUGAUUUUGAAGAAGAGUGUUAGAAUUAUAAGAAAACAGUUUCAAUAGUAAAAUUUAUGGAGCCAUUUAGCAGUUCUAGUAUCUUAUUAACUCUGUACGUUGUUUUUAUGUUGAAAAACAAACAAACAAACGUAUUUUCUCCGUUUUAUUCUGCCUUUGUCUUAUUUCCUUACAAUUAAAUAUUAGAUAGUAAAAAUGUCUACAUGUUGUAUGUAAUAUGGAUAAUGUAUAUAGUACUUGUGAAAACUUAUUAAUAUUAUUUACGUAUGUUUAUACGGAGAAAGACAAUAGCU